AGCUCUCAAGCUGGAAAUAUGGCGGCGUCCGCAAGCGGCUUGGGUGGUGCGGGCCCGGGGCCUGAAGCUGGGGACUUCCUGGCCAGGUAUCGUCAGGUGUCGAACAAGCUGAAGAAGCGGUUUCUGCGGAAGCCGAACGUGGCAGAGGCCGGCGAGCAGUUCGGACAACUGGGCCGCGAGCUGCGCGCUCAGGAGUGCCUGCCUUACGCGGCCUGGUGCCAGCUGGCGGUUGCGCGCUGCCAUCAGGCGCUCUUUCACGGGCCAGGGGAAGCUCUGGCCCUCACCGAGGCCGCCCGCCUCUUCCUGCGGCAGGAGCGCGACGCGCGCCAGCGCCUUGUCUGCCCAGCUGCCUACGGGGAGCCGCUGCAGGCAGCUGCCAGCGCCCUGGGUGCUGCUGUGCGCCUGCACCUUGAGUUGGGCCAGCCGGCUGCCGCUGCCGCCCUCUGCCUGGAGCUGGCCGCCGCCCUGCGCGACCUGGGUCAGCCGGCUGCCGCCGCCGUCCACUUCCAGCGCGCCGCCCAGCUGCAGCUGCCCCAGCUACCCCUGGCCGCGCUUCAGGCGCUCGGCGACGCCGCCUCCUGUCAGCUGUUGGCGCGCGACUACAAUGGUGCCUUGGCGCUCUUCACUCGCAUGCAGCGCCUGGCGCGGGAGCACGGCAGCCACCCGGUGCAGCCGCUGCCGCCGCUCCCGCUGCAACCACAGUCGCAGGUACAGCCGCAACCGUUAGGCCUCCAACAUGGACUCGGCGCAUCCCCCGCUCUGCAGGCCGCGCUGCUCCCUCCGAAUGCGGGCUCUGCGGCCGUGCCCUCUCCCGCAGUACUGGGCGCCUUCUCAGACAUCCUGGUCCGCUGCGAAGUAUCCCGCGUGUUGUUGCUGCUGCUCCUGCAACCACCGCCCGCCAAGCUCCUCCCGGAGCAUGCCCACACCUUGGAGAAGUACUCCUGGGAGGCUUUCGACAGCCACGGGCAGGAGACCAGUGGCCAGCUUCCCGAGGAGCUCUUCCUGCUGCUCCAGUCCUUGGUCAUGGCUACCCACGAGAAGGACACGGAAGCCAUCAAAUCGCUGCAGGUGGAAAUGUGGCCACUGUUGAGUGCCGAGCAGAACCACCUCCUGCACCUCGUUCUGCAAGAAACCAUCUCCCCCUCAGGACAGGGGAUCUGAUGACGCAUAUACCAAGUGACUUUUUGCUUGUUACCAGACCUCACGCAUCUACCUUUGCAUUUGGAGGAAAAUAAAAGACAUUGAUCACAGCAGUUCCACUUUGGUUUAGCUUAUUCCUCUUGCCACUAGAAAGACUUAUUUCCACAGUAGUGUGCGAAAAAACCCAAUAUGAUAGGAUCGGAAUAGAGCACAGGUCUCGCUUCCCAAAAACUGCAACAUAAAAAUGAGAUUCCUUUUAUCUAUCCAUUUCUUCUUCCACCCGUUUGCCCCGCCCCACUUCCCCACCCCCCAAUCUUCCUUUCAUUGUCAGGAUUUUAUUUUGCACAGUUGUCGAAAUAUUUAAGCUCUGUGGUGUUUUGUUUUAAAUUGUGACUAAUUUCUUGGUAUAGUUCUGUAUCUGGCUAUGUAAUCACCCCCAUUUCUUCUUUGUUUUACCUGCCCCAUACGUAUUUGUGGGAAUCAUUUGAUUCGUACAAUCAUAGCUAUAGGCCUAAAUUCAUGAUAAAGCCAUUACGAUAUUUAUUUGUGGUUUAGAUAUUCUCAAUCUAUAAAAUGGGUAUAGCAUCAUCUACCUGUCAAGAGGCAGAAAGCAGAAACAAUUCUUUUUUAGUUCUGAGAUGUAUGUAUUUAUUUGAAAUUGGCAGUGUACCUAGUGUGUGGGCUAUGCCAGACAAGAAUUCUACAGAGAUCAUUUGAUGUGGUCCUUCCUGAGAUAGUUGCAAUACAAAUGUACCCAGGUAAAGGUCAGGUUGGGUGGUGGAUUGAGGGGGUGGAGGUCCAACACAAAUGUGUGAGGUAUGCAUUGAAAUUCACAUUUACAGUUCUAUUCUGAGAGGCACCUCUAAUCCACAUGACCAUUUUUAUUUGUAAUAGGGAUCUUUCUGCAACUCUUAUUUAACUCAAAUAUGUAAAAUCAGCGUGGUUCUUUGGUGUUGUGUGAUCAUAUAUAUGCAAGCCAGUGUCAUUGUUCCCCAAAACUACAAUGGUGGUUCAUUUUAAAAGACUAAAUUGCCGAGGCUUUUUGAUCCAAAUGUCACAUGCAAACCCACUUAGCUGCUUUUUUAAAUUAAAUUUUAUUUUCUUUACAGUUUCAAGAGGGAUAAAAAGAACUCUUUAGAGUAUACUCUGGUUCUCAAUCAUUCAGCUUUGGGAAAAUGCAUCCUUUAGGCUGAAGUGUACAGUACUAAUCUUUUGGGAUGAGAUUUCGAACACAGUUUGGCAGUAGAUUUUUGUUUUGCAUUUUUUGUGGGGGCGUAUAUGUGGACAGUUGUCACUAUGAGUUAAGUGCCUCAAAAUGGGUGGGACUUUUGGGGUAUUUUCUACUUCUAUUUCAACAGUGUGAAAGCAAUAGGUAAGGAUCUAUAGGAUAUACUUAUUUAAGACAGAUUGAGCCACCACACCUAUGCUUGCACUUGGUUGCCAGAAGGGGCCUUUGGAGCCAAAAAGCCUAGCCCAAUUUACUUAAAAAGUGGUAAGGGUGCAUGCUCCUUUGUGCUUUUGCUUUUUCUGGUACACUCCUCUCACCCUGGGCUGCAGGCCUGGCCUGCUGCCUUACUAUCCUAUGACAGGAAUGCUAGGAAUUAUGUAAUGUGACUGGUGAUAGUAUUUGGAUUUGGGCUUAAGAAAAGUCCUCCUUAGGCCUCUGAUCUAAACUCCUUGCAUUGAGGAGAUGGGCAGAGGGAUUACCACAGAGGCAAGUAUUUGGUUAUACAAGUACAAUUUUAGGAAGCACUAAAGACUGUUUUCCAUUUGCCAUUGCCUCAUUUAUGUAUGUCCCUCAGACAUUUAAUAGUACAGAUAGCUGGGCCAAGGUCAUAUUUCAGUGAUUUUGACAGUUCUCUUGCUACAUAUCAUCUUAAUAUCAAAACACUGAUUUAUAACAUGACCAAAAAUAAAUAUUUUAAAAGACAUGGUCAGUCUUUUUAACUUGAAAACCAGAGGAAAAGAUCUGCAUUAUUGAAAUGUUCAUUGACAAUUCAAAGUUAACAUUUAACAUUUAUAAACUUGAGACCUGGCUUGUGUGGCUCAGUGGAUUGAGUGCCAGCCUGUGAACCAAAGGGUCUCCUUUGGUUCAAUUCCCAGUCAGAGCACAUGCCUAGGUUGUGGUCCAGGUCCCCAGUAGGGGACACGCGAAAGGCAACCACACACAUUGAUGUUUCUCUCUG